AUGUCGGUUACAACUUUUCAGAAGGUUACUUUAAUUUCUUGCUCCGUGCUAUGUCUUUCGCUUUUCCUGCCCAAAAUGCUUUUGCCCAGCGGGAAGAAAGAUGUAGGGCAGGCCGACGUCAGACCAGGUUACUACCCCCCUAUGAUGCAUCGUCUUCCCGUGCCAGAGGACCAGGGGUUGUGGGAGGAGGGCUCUGUGCCCCCCCUGACUCAAAGCCUUGACAUCAUGGCCAAAGUCAAAAGCAUGGGUGGAGCCAGCAAGCCCAGCCUCCUGGGGCAGGUCAUACCCAUCUAUGGCUUUGGAAUUCUCCUUUACAUCCUCUUUAUUUUCUACAAGAUGACAUCUAAACCUACCAAGUCCAACGGCCACUUUCCUCCAAUACCAAAUCAAAGAAAUCCAAUAUCUGACUACGAGCUGGCCAGGCUUCACCAGAGGCUGCAGGAGACGGAGCAGCUGAUGGAGAUGAUCGUUUCUGGAACGAGCCAGGUGCCCGACAGUGUCAAAAGGGGCAAAUGCAAGAGUAAGAGCCGGCGCCUGAGCAAGAGUAAAGGUGGCUCCCGGCAGCAGCGGCAGCGUGAGAAGGAGGAGGAGGAGGAGGACAGGCUGCGGCUGCAGCUGAAGGACAUCAGCCGGCUGAUGGAGGAGGGCCGGACGGAGGCCGCCUCCCCAGAGAUCGAGGCCGAGGAAGUGACCUACACAGAGGACUGGGAUGGCUACCCCGAGGAGACCUACCCCCAGUACGAGGAGCCCUGUGGCAGGCGCAGGUACGACACCAUCAGCCUUGAGGUUGAGGAGCCGGGCCACUGUCGGCCCACUCCUGAGGCCCUGGCUGAGAGGAUGGAGGUGGAGGAGGAGGAGGUGGAGGUGGACACCAGGCUGCCAGUCCUGUUUGAGGAAGAGGAGGAGGAGGAGGAGGAGGGAGAGAGGGAGGGUCUCCUUCCCGCCUUGUGCGACGGGGGAGGAAGCGGGCAGCAGCUCGACGUGGCUGCGGAGGCAGAGGAGGAGGUGGAUGAGGAAGAGUGCCUGCUCCUGUCCCCUCCUCCCCCACCUCGAGGAGGGAGUCCCACCCCUUCAGUCCUGAUGAGGGAGCUGGACACCAGUGGGGUGAGGAUGAGGAACCGGAGAGAGACAUAG